AUGCCAGUGCAUUAUCAUCUCCCGGCGCGAAGAGCAGAACUAGAGCGCGACCGAGCUAUCGAUCAGUCAACAGACGACGACCCAUACGAGGAGAAUCCUCUCUGGCUAGCCCUUACCAACUUGUGCAACAAGGUGCCAGGAAACCAUGGGGGCUGUCAUUCAGCAGCACACUCACUCACCAUCGCAAGGUUACUAGUGGACCAUGGAGCUCGUAUCGGAUCUGGGGGCCGACAGAGACUCUUCUUCGAUAUAUGUGGAUUUUACGAUGAUCCGGGAGUCGUGGACCUGCUCGAAAAGGCUGGCGUUGAUCUCACAUGGGGCGAAGGCGACGAUACUCGUGGCGAUCUGAGCAGCAGUGACCAGAACGAUGCAAUGACCGUGGCCGCAGGACGUGGCGCUGAAGGAAUAGUGAUCUCUCUUGUCGACAGAGGGUGGCCAAUAUCUGGUGCCCACUAUGGCUCUGAUCUUAGCGACAGCUUGCUACAUGUGGCAGCCUACCACGGACAGGCCCAUCUCGUCAAAGUCCUUCUGCAACGUGGCGCUGUUAAGGACCUGCAUUUGAGAGCUAAGAGGAUGCACUUCCGGGAUCUACCUACCACCUUGGACCCCGAUUCAUUCGAGGGACAGGCUAAGGCCCCAAGGAUAAGGUAUGAUGAUACCCCUCUCGAGUACGCGUGUAGAAGCCCUUGUCCGCUCGAGAGUCUUGGAAAGACCAUCGAAGUUCUUCUCGAUGCCGGAGCGGCACCGAGCCAAGCUGCUCUCGAGAAUGCGGUGAUACGCGGCUUUGGGUUAGACAUACUGCAUUCACUUUUCAAACCUCCGGUUGAUAUACAUGGACGCUGCGCUUUUUCCUCCUGCUACUGGUGGCCUAAGGACGUGUUCGAAACUGGUUUUGGCAGCCGGAAUGCUACUCUCCUUCACGCGGCCGCACUGCAGUCUAACGAUAUCACCGUCGCGGCGCUUUUCGAUCUAGGGGUCGUCAACGAUAUAAAGGAUCAUCUAGGCCGGACAGCUUUGCACUGGAGCGUGUCGGCACUUACUGGCCGGAGAGAAAGGCCCUCGCCUCGUUCGAGACUUGAGUGCGUCAGGCUUGUCUUAUCAAAGCAGGCGGACCCAGACAUUCAAGACCACUUUCAGCGAGCUCCUUUGCACUAUGCAGCACUAUUCAAGCAGGCCAGCAUCUUUGGGCUUCUGGUUCGCUCCCACGCGAAUCCCAACGUGGCUGAUAAAGAUGGCGCCACACCCCUUCACUACCUAGCUGAGCCAGUUGACAUAUGGCGCCAGAAUGACGACCUGGACAUCAAAAAGCUGGCGUCACUCCUUAGCUCACCCAAUCUCAAGGUCGACCAAAAGAAUCAUAGCGGAGCUACUGCCUUACAUGUCGCCGCCACCAACGCCUCAGUACCUGUUGUGGAACUGCUUCUCCUUCUCGGCGCAGAUCCCACCAUCACGGAUGGCCAGGGCAAAACGGCGCUCCAUCGAGCAUCCUUACGACCCCAGUGGCAGGGAUCCCACGAGCACGACCAUCUCGGCGGCCCAGGUGAGAACGAUGGAGACAGGAUGGCAGCUCGGAUGAAGGCCCUCCUGCUCGAUGCUGGCGCAGACCAGACAAUCAUCGAUGACCACGGCCAGACUGCAGCCGAUAUCGAAUCGCAGGAGUCCCUGAGGCUGAAGCGAUCCAGAGAUGAGUUUCUAUCAGGGCUUCCAAGAUCGAUUGGCCGUGGCCGCGGCCCCAGCCGGAGUAACCUCCAAUACACGCUUGCGAUGCAUGUCAAGGCCAACGCGGAAUAUUGGGCCCAUGAGGAACGGCCUGCUUACUGA